CAUGGCAUCAAUAACAACAUUCAGGUUAAUUCCCUCCCGAAAAUUCCAUUAUUCUCCCCUAAAACACCAAAUUAGGUUAAGAAAUGGAAGUCUCCAUCAACUCCGGAUGGCAUCGUCUUUCCAGAAUUCAUCGGAUGUCAGUGUAUCAUUAUCUCAUGGGACGUCCAAGAAACCCCUGACAAUAUCCACGGGAAAGCUAGCGAAAUUCGCUGACGGCUGUGGAGUCGUCACCUUCGGGGACACCUCAGUGAUGGCGACAUCAGUAAGCAAGACCCACGCCUCCUCAAAUUCCUUCCUCCCCCUAGUCGUCGACUACCGCCAGAAGGCGUCGGCCGCGGGUAGAAUCCCCACCAACUUUCUGCGACGCGAGUUAGGCCCCUCCGAGCACGAGAUCCUCACAAGUCGGCUCAUAGACAGAUCCCUCCGGCCCCUCUUCCCCGACUCGUAUAACUUCGACACCCAAAUAAUGUGCAACAUCCUCGCGAUCGACGGGGAGAACGACCCAGACGUCCUAGCGAUUAACGCGGCAUCGGCCUCCCUAGCCCUAUCAGACAUCCCCUGGAACGGUCCCGUGGGCGCAGUCCGGGUCGGUUUCAUAGACAACGAGGUCCUGAUAAACCCGACACGCCACGAAAUCCAGAAGAGUUCUCUGAACCUGAUCAUCGCAGCCGCUGGGCACAACCUUGUGGUCAUGUUAGACGGCUGUGCGAAUGCCAUCCUAGACCAAGAUCUCAAGAAAGCGAUCAAAUCUGGGGUCAAAGAAUGCCAGGGCAUCAUCGCUGGCAUCUCCGACCUAGCCAAAGCCCACGGAAAACCCAAAAGAAGCCUCGAAGAAGCCCCCAGAGUCAGCGAAGAGCUAAAGACAGCUGUCCGCUCCCUAUCAGAAAUCAAACUGCGAGACAUCUUCAUGGAUUACUCUCACGACAAGAUCUCCAGGGACAUUGCUAUCAGCAACCUCAGGACUAACGUCUUGGAGACUAUGAAGAGCAGUGUCUCUGAUCUGGAUCUACCAGCUAUUGUCGACGCCUUCGGAAUGAUCUCCAAAGACAUCUUCCGGUCUCUGAUUUUCGAGAACGACGUGAGAUGCGAUGGCAGGAAGCUCACGGACUUGAGACCGAUCUCGUGUCAGGUUGACUUGUUCAAGCCUCUUCACGGCUCUGCCUUGUUCCAAAGGGGUCAGACCCAGGUGCUUUGCACCGUCACCUUGGACUCUUUGCACAGUGCGCUUAAGAUGGAUACGAUAACGAUGCUGACGAGCGGGAUCAAGGAGAAGAACUUCUUCCUGCAUUAUGAGUUUCCGCCUUAUGCUACGAAGGAGACUGGCCGGACUGGGCCCAUCGGCCGGAGGGAGAUGGGGCAUGGGGCCCUGGCGGAGAGGGGCCUCAGACCGGUGAUCCCUGAGGACUAUCCGUUCACUGUGAGGCUGACCAGCGAGGUCCUGGAGAGCAAUGGGUCAUCGUCCAUGGCUUCCGUCUGCGGAGGGAGUCUGGCGCUUUUAGAUGCCGGGGUGCCGAUCUCUACGGCCGCUGCUGGGGUCGCUAUUGGGCUCGUCACUAAGUAUGAUGGGGAGAGGAUCGAGGAUUAUAGGAUACUUACGGAUCUUUUGGGAAUUGAAGAUUACCUCGGAGAUAUGGAUUUCAAAAUAGCCGGCACGAAAAAGGGGAUAACGGCGCUCCAAGCGGACGUAAAAAUUCCCGGUCUUCCCCUAAAAAUUGUGAUGGAGAGCAUCAGUCGAGCGAAAUCAGCGAAGGAUGAAAUUCUCGGGAAGAUGAAUGCCGUGAUAUCAUCCCCUCGAGUCGGAAAGCAGAACAUGCCAGUUAACGCGACUAUAGAGGUGCCGGUGCACCAGCGAGGGAGAUUUCUAGGGAUCGGAGGGUCUAAUUUGAAGAAAAUUCUCGUGGAAACUGGAGUCAGCAUUCAUGCGCAAGAGGAAAAUGUCUACACCCUCUUUGCUCCGAACGAAACGGCGAUGGCUGAGGCCAAGGAGAUGAUCAGUAAGAUCUUGGUCGAGGAAAAAGCGCCGGAACUCGAGUUCGGGGGAAUUUACACAGCUAAAGUGGUGGAAAUUCGCGAUUCUGGGGUGAUGGUCAUUCUGUACCCAAAUAUGCAUCCAGCAUUGCUCCAUAAUUCCCAGUUGGAUCAACGCUCGGUCGUCCAUCCGAGUGCUCUCAACAUCGAAGUUGGCCAGGAACUCCAGGUGAAAUACUUCGGACGUGAUCCUGUCUCGGGGAGCAUGCGGUUAUCACGAAAGGUGCUCCAAACAGCCAGUGGUGUCACCAAAAAUUACACGUCGUGAAAGAUGAUUGUUAUUCUGUAAAUAUUCUGUAAAUAAAUUGUUUCUACCUCUCUGGUUGAACUUGACAUAAUAAAUGUAUAUAUUUUUAA